CCGCUGCUUCGGCCACCAUGCCGCGCUCUUUCCUCGUCAGGAAGUCUGCCGGCUCCCGCCGGAGACCCAAUUACAGUGAGCUUCAUGACUCUUCUCCAGAGCUCACUUUCCAGCAGCCCUACGACCAAGCCCACCUGCUGGCAGCCAUCCCACCGCCCGAGGUCCUCAAUCCCACCGCCUCCCUGCCGACGCUCAUCUGGGACUCUCUCUUGGCGCCCCAAGCCCAGCCCAUUGGCUGGGCUUCUCUCCUGCCCCAGGAGAUCCCCAAGGCUGGCGAGCUGACCUCCCUGUCCGACGAGGACAGCGGGAAAGGUUCCCAGCCCCCCAGUCCACCCUCUCCGGCUCCUUCGUCCUUCUCGUCCACUUCAGCCUCCUCCUUGGAGGCUGAGGGCUAUGCUGCCUUCUCAGGCUUGGGCCAGUUGCCCAAGCAGCUGACCGGGCUCUCCGUGGCCAAGGACCCCCAGUCUCGCAAGGCCUUCAACUGCAAAUACUGCAACAAGGAGUACAUCAGCCUGGGUGCCCUCAAGAUGCACAUCCGGAGCCACACGCUGCCCUGCGUCUGUAGCACCUGCGGGAAGGCCUUCUCCAGGCCCUGGCUGCUGCAGGGCCACGUCCGGACCCACACCGGCGAGAAGCCCUUCUCCUGCCCCCACUGCAGCCGCGCCUUCGCCGACCGCUCCAACCUCCGGGCCCACCUCCAGACCCACUCGGAUGUCAAGAAGUACCAGUGCAAGACAUGUUCCAGAACCUUCUCCCGAAUGUCCCUGCUCCACAAGCACCAAGAGUCGGGCUGCUCAGGGGGGCCGCGCUGACUCUCAGGCUCCUUCCACCUCUCCGGGCCCUCCCUGCAGCCUGGAGCGGCCUCCCCCCGCUCCAGAAGGGAGGACCCUGCCUCCUCGUCACUGCCACAGAAUCCGCUCCUGAGCUCCGCCGUCCGGCUGGACCCUGGGGACCAUUUCCCGGUCCUCUGGAUGCCCUGCCGGGCUCAGCGGGGCGGGAGCGCUUCCUGUCGGGGGGUGGCUUGCCGCAGGGACCCCUCCUGGCAGCCGCUGCUCCCAGUGUCCAUGGAGCUGGCUUUUCUGCGCAGCUGCUCGGAACUCGCCCCACUCAGGGGACCCUGGCCUACCCUCCAGGGACCCCCAGGCCGCCCCUCCAGGAGGUGCGCCUCACUAUGCAAGUGGCCACCCCCAGGUGCCCGGCGGGGGUGCCCCCUGACGCCAGGAGCGCCUCUGGACCCCAGGAUGCCCGCAGACCCGGGCAGCUAUUUCAGCCUCCUGUGUGUCAUGGUGGCACCUGUUUCACGGGCAAUUUAACGACGUGUCCAAAGGGACUGUGAAUAAUUGCCUUCCCUUGUUGGGGGCCCGAGUGGGGCGCUCUGGCCCCACCACUGUGUCUCCCAGAACUAUUUUCGGGGCCUGACAGGUGGGCCUGGGAGGAAGAUGUUUACAAUUUUUUAAAGGUACACUGGUAUUUAUAUCGCAAGCGACAUUUUGUACUAAGGAAACGUUUUGUAUAGUUAUAUGUACGGUUUAUUGAUAUUCAAUAAAGUGGUUAAUUUAU